AUGACACAGUUUCAAUGUCAGGUCCCUGGCUGUACCUCGAGUUACCGUCGUAAAGAGCAUCUCCGACGCCACGAAGCGCAACAUCGUGGAAGUCACCAUCGCACUUGUUCAAUAUGUGGUCGUGUCUUUUCUCGCAGUGACAGUCUCCGACGUCAUAUUCGUCGCGACCAUGAAGCCCCGGGACAAUCUCUCGCUCGCGCCACACAGGCCUGUAUGAGAUGUCGUACAACCAAAGCACGGUGUCAGGGGGGCUCACCAUGUACAGAGUGUUCUUUGAAGGGACACUUGUGUAUCUUUAACGGUCCGGUCCUCACCGGUAUUGAGCCCGCUCAACCAGAUCCAGAAGACUACAGGGAGUACGGUGGAGAUGAUCCAAUCAAUACCUCCCUCGAGAAUACCGCCCAAGUUGACCAUUACAUACAUCUUUACUUCACGCAUUUUCAUCAACACUGGCCGUUCCUGCAUCGAGAGACCUUCAGUAUUCCCGACGAGCCCCCAUUGCUGCUUCAGGCAGUGUUAAUGAUCGGCCUCUGGGUGAGUGGAAGCCCAGCGGCGCGGCAAGAUGCUCGGAACUUGCAUUCUAAGCUAGGACUAGCGAUUUCAGCACAACGGGAUAACUGGGAACAAUCGCCGGUUGAAGGGGAGGACGAUAACGAAGGUCCAGGCAACCCAACUUCACGAUGGCCAAUUGGAACAUACCAAGGCAUUCUUCUAUACAUCAUAUUCUCAUUACUGGCAUCGAGUCCAAUUGGUCUCGAACUUAACCUCAGUCUGGCGUUACAUGUGUCCGAUCGUCAAAUUCUUUCCGCCCUGAUCGCGACCUGUCUGCGAAAUAACAUCUUCUACUAUCCUAAUAUGGUCACAAGGUACCGAAACGUGGAAUCCGUUACCUGUAUGUGGGUGGGAGUCGAAGAGAUCAAAAGGUUAGGUUUGGCCUUGCAUAAGGUUUCUCGGCUUUGUGGAAUGGGGAGUUGCAUGGGAGAGUCUGAUGAGACUGAUGGUCGACCAUUUCGCCUCUCCGAUUUGCAGUUCCCCCUGCCGGAUAAGAGGCAUUUAUGGGAAGCUGGAUCGAAUGCGGAAUUGUCUCGACUACUUUUGGUACACUCUAGAAGAAAAGAUAAAUCGGAUGAGCCUAGAGAUACCAAUUGGAUUUCACAGAGUGGGAUUUUAUUGGAAUCCGAUGAAAAUUGGUGGAGUUGA